CGACGCCGCAUAGCAAACUUGGAGAAAGGAGACUCCACAAUGCCGCUGCCCGCGCUCGACCCGGUGGCGCUCGCCAGGUAUAAGCGGGCGUCUGAGGACGCACGCUCGCUGCCGCCGAACCUGCUGACAAACAGCCAGCGGCUCAAGCUGUACGCCCUCUUCAAGCAGGCCGAGGGCCCGGCGCCCGAGUCUGGGCCGUCGCGCUUUGACGCAGUGGCUCGUGCAAAGUGGGAGGCCUGGAACGACGUGCGCUCGCUGUCAGCAGAGCAAGCGGUGGAGUCGUACUGCUCCAUCAUCGAGGGCCUGGUGGCGAUCACGGGCGGUGCCGCCGCAGCACUCUCUCCCGCCAAUGGUCACGCCGGUGCCGCGGCCGGGGAGUCGGGAAGCGGCGCUCCGGAGGAGGCGGUCGUGACGGUCGCGGGGGAAGCGGUCGUGGCGGAAGCGGCGCCGGCCGACUCGGCGGGCGAGGCGGUCGCGGCGGCCUCCUUCGCGCCGCCUCCCGCCCUCUCUCCCGCGCCGACCCGGACGGCGCGCCAGCCGCCGGAGCUUGCCGCGGAGCCGGAGGUGGAGGCGCAGCGGUGGGCGGCGACGGCGCUGUCGCUCGCGCCCGGCGCCACCUUCGAGGUUCCCAUCUUCGUGCCCGAGCCGUCGCGCUGCCGCUACUCGUUCACAGUCGCCGCAGCAGACGGCAUGAAGCCGCAGGCGACGGCGCGCGCAGCGCAGCACGACGGCGAGAUCCAGGUGCCUGGCGGGGUGGGGGGAAUGCUCGUCGUGACGCUCGACAACAACAACUCGAUGUUUUCAAACACGGUCGUCGCGUGCGAGGUCGUCACCGAGCCGCUCUCCCAGCUCGCCGCCGUGUCCCGCUUCCGCGAGAGGCAGCUGCUGCGGCACAACCUCUUCCAGGCGCAGGAGGAGCUCGCCGCGCAGGACGACGCCCUCGCCGCCAUCGCCGCCGAGGAGGCGCUGCUGCGCGACAGCUCGAGGGAAGGGGGCGGGGGGGGGGCGGGCAUGCAUCACGAGUCUCAUCAAUCCUCCCCGCAGGUCGUGCUUCAGGACGAGCUCGAAAAGGCUCAAGCGGCCGUCGAGGCGGCAGCGCAGCGGAUCGCCGCCAACAGCGCCCGCGGCAGCGCCGUCGAGACGCGCAAGUGCGAGCUGCAGGACGAGGUGAGGGCGCUGCAGGCCGGCGUCGGGAAGAUGUUGUGGGAGGUGCUGAGGGCCAGCUGGCGCAAGGCGCUCAAGCCGCAGCCACACUCCAAGGCCGACGCCAAGAUGGCGACGCACGAGCCGUAGCGCGCCAGCCCCGCAGCACCGGGGGCGAAGGCGGGGCGAGGCCAGGCGGGUGCCCGCCGUGUCUCGGGGCGAGGGCUCGAAGAGCUUCGGCUGCGGAGGGCGUUUUCUCUAUAUCGCGCGUGUGUGAAGUCGGUUGCGGCGUGGCGGGUCUCUCGUCGUCUAGAGGUGAGUUCUGUGGGACGUGAUUGCAGACAGGGGCGUGGGUGUGGCAAGAGAGGUGGCUGAGAAGAGGGAGGGUGCGUUGAGCGUUGGGCAGGGUGGCGUGAUGUGGGAGAUUGCCGUGUGGACGGUGUUUCUCCCGGGGCUUCUCUCUAGCUCGAAUUGGCUGCCCUGGCACCCUGGGCCUCCCGCAGACCUUUUAAUAUUGCUUAUACGCGUAA